GGCUCGCCCGGGGGCCAUGGCCGCUGCGGUGCCUGCCGCUGAGGGGGUCUCAGGACGGGCACCUCCCGGGGAAGUAAUUCAUCUGAAUGUGGGGGGCAAGAGGUUCAGUACCUCCCGCCAGACGCUCACCUGGAUCCCAGACUCCUUCUUCUCCAGUCUUCUGAGCGGACGUAUCUCCACGCUGAAAGAUGAGACCGGAGCAAUCUUCAUCGACAGGGACCCCACCGUCUUCGCCCCCAUCCUCAACUUCCUGCGCACCAAAGAAUUGGACCCCAGGGGUGUCCACGGUUCCAGCCUCCUCCACGAAGCCCAGUUCUAUGGGCUUACUCCUCUGGUCCGUCGUCUGCAGCUGCGGGAAGAAUUGGAUCGGUCUUCCUGCGGAAACGUCCUCUUCAAUGGUUACCUACCUCCACCAGUAUUCCCAGUGAAGCGGCGAAACCGUCAUAGCCUGGUGAGCCCCCAGCAAGCAGGGGGACGCCCAGCCCCUGUUCGCCGGAGCAACACGAUGCCCCCCAACCUGGGCAAUGCGGGGCUGCUGGGCCGAAUGCUGGAUGAGAAAGCCCCUCCCUCCCCUUCAGGGCUGCCGGAGGAGCCGGGGAUGGUGCGCCUGGUAUGCGGACACCACAACUGGAUCGCCGUGGCCUAUACCCAGUUUCUUGUCUGCUAUAGGUUGAAGGAAGCCUCUGGCUGGCAGCUGGUGUUCUCCAGUCCCCGCCUGGACUGGCCCAUCGAGCGACUGGCGCUCACAGCCCGUGUGCUCGGUGGUGCUUUGGGUGAGCAUGACAAGAUGGUGGCCGCCGCCACAGGCAGUGAGAUCCUGCUGUGGGCUCUGCAGGCAGAAGGCGGUGGCUCUGAGAUAGGAGUCUUCUACCUGGGGGUGCCUGUCGAGGCCUUAUUCUUCGUUGGAAAUCAGCUUAUCGCCACAAGCCACACGGGACGCAUUGGGGUGUGGAAUGCCGUCACCAAGCACUGGCAGGUCCAGGAGGUGCAGCCCAUCACCAGUUACGACGCGGCAGGCUCCUUCCUCCUCCUGGGUUGCAACAACGGCUCCAUCUACUACGUGGAUGUGCAGAAGUUCCCCCUACGCAUGAAGGACAAUGACCUCCUUGUCAGCGAGCUCUACCGAGACCCGGCAGAGGACGGGGUCACCGCCCUCAGCGUCUACCUCACCCCUAAGACCAGUGACAGUGGGAACUGGAUUGAGAUUGCCUAUGGCACCAGCUCAGGGGGGGUGCGCGUCAUCGUACAGCACCCCGAGACCGUGGGCUCGGGGCCGCAGCUCUUCCAGACCUUCACCGUGCACCGCAGCCCCGUCACCAAGAUCAUGCUGUCGGAGAAACACCUCAUCUCAGUCUGUGCCGACAACAACCACGUGCGGACGUGGUCAGUGACUCGCUUCCGGGGCAUGAUAUCCACCCAGCCGGGCUCCACCCCGCUCGCCUCCUUCAAGAUCCUCGCCCUGGAGUCGGCUGAUGGGCAUGGUGGCUGCAGCGCUGGCAAUGACAUCGGCCCCUAUGGCGAGCGGGACGACCAGCAAGUGUUCAUUCAGAAGGUGGUGCCAAGUGCCAGCCAGCUCUUCGUGAGACUGUCAUCCACUGGACAUAGGGUGUGCUCCGUGCGCUCCGUGGACGGCUCGCCCACCACCGCCUUCACGGUGCUGGAGUGCGAGGGCUCCCGGCGCCUCGGCUCGCGGCCCCGGCGCUACCUGCUCACCGGCCAGGCCAACGGCAGCCUGGCCAUGUGGGACCUGACCACCGCCAUGGACAGCCUCGGCCAGGCCCCUGCAGGCGGCCUGACAGAAGCAGAGCUGAUGGAGCAACUGGAGCAGUGUGAGCUAGCCCCACUGGCCUCCUCUCGGGGCUUCCCCCUCAACCCGUCCCCCCGAACUUCCUUCACCAGUCUCUACUCCGCUUCCAGCAACAGCGGCCUGUCUAGCCGCCGUGGGAGCCCCAGCCCCCCGCAGGCUGAGCCCCGGCGUCGUGGGGGAGGCAGCUUUGUGGAACGCUGCCAGGAACUAGCACGGAGUGGAUCGGAACCCCGAAGGCCACCGACACCAGCUCCCAGGCCCUCUGCAAGUCUUGGGGUUCCUCUGGUACCCCCCAAGAUGAAGCUCAAUGAAACUUCUUUCUGAACACAGCUGCCUUUGGAUAUGAGGUCCUGGGAGACUCAGGUGCCUCCCUGCCUCCUGUCUGAGCCCUGGAAUCAGGACCAGGGCGUCCUUGGAGUGGUCAUUGUUACUAGGUCCUUGCUAUUCCCUUUUCUGGAGCCAAAGUUACCCUUCCGUAAUAAAGUUCUCACUGCCAACACUUUGCUUACGU